AUGUAUACGGAUGUAUAUCUGGAUGAUCCGCUUGAUCUGUGGAACCAUCAAGAGAUUCUGGAUACCAGCGGUCUCUUUUCGGUUUUCCGUGCGGUCAUGCAUUAUGAUCCAGAUCCUUCCCCGUCAGAAAUGUGGCAAGAUCCGCUUGCUAAAAUCCUACUCUACCAGGCUGUGGGAACGCCUUGCAGGCUGGUUGUACAACAUAGACACAAGACGGAGGUUUACGUUUCAAUAUCCUGA